ACAACUUGCUCUGUUCCAGACACACAGCUUUCUUCAGCCAACGCAGGUACCAUGAACACGAAGACCUUCCUCGCCGUUGCCGCCGCCGCCUUCGUGGGCUCCGCCGUCGCCGAGACGUGCUCGUCGACCGACCAGACCAGCGCGUACUCGUCGCUGGCGAGCGUGCUGACGCUGAGCUCGUUCCAGGGCUGCGCGGACGAGUCUGGCUUCAGCCUGCUGUACUCGACGUCGCUGCCGGACGACGCGCAGUACGAGAAGAUGUGCGCGUCGGACAACUGCAAGUCGCUGAUCGAGUCGGUGGCUGCCUUGAACCCGCCUGACUGCGACCUGACGGUGCCGACGAGCGGGCUGGUGCUCAACGUGGUGGACCUGACGAGCGGCUUCUCGACCAAGUGCUCGUCGCUGUCCUCUACGUCGACGUCGACGACCUCGACUGCCUCGAGCGCCGCUACGGCCACGACGACGGAGGCUCCGGCCGCCACGACGGCUGCCCCCGCCACGGAGAGCGCCACGACGGAGAGCGCCACGGUGUCCGCUGCGACGGAGGCCCCCGCCGCCACCCCGGCCGCUACCACGCCCACGACGGAGGCGUCGAACUCGACGACGUCAGUGACCCAGACUGCCACGGCCUGCUAAGUUGUAGGUUUGCGCGGCUGGGCUGUCCACGUAUAUAUCAUUCUGGGAGUCGAGUCUCGAUUGCCCUGUAAUAAACCUUUUCGAUAUCAUAGGUUGGGUUGCUGCUUUGUUUCUUCUUGUUGUUUCAUUGUGUGUGUUGAUCAUGGCUUGGGUGGUGUAAUCCGAGUCUGUAGCGGUCGUGAGUGCUUGGUGUAGUCCAUGGGAGAAUCUCGACUGCGGUUGUUUGUAGGUCGAAUGAUUGUGGCUGCCUCUGUUGGUAGUUGUUGUACCUUUAGUUUUCAAAGCGGAGACGGUAGGAGUUCCAACCUCGGGUACUUCAAUCUGCUAAGUCGGAAACAAUUGCAUGGCGGUCGUGCUAAUGUAACGGUCGAUGGCAUCAGAUACGGGGGCGAAUGCAUCCGAUUAGCCUUCGGUUCAACAGGUUUAAUCGUUGUCUAGGUUUUGUGUUUGAAUUGAGGUACAUUGUUGCCACUUAGUUCUUGCUAACGACUACAACGACCGGUCCCACAGAUGCUAAGUUAGGAUCUGCGGCAUUGCUAACCUGUCAUCUGCAGGUUGAGGCUUCUUCGUUGCGUAUCGCCUCGGUCGCAUCGUCCGCAAUCGGUAUCCGCAUCAGGCUCUUCAGCCCCUCCAGUAAAAUAUGCUGCGUUCGAGUUUGGUAAGGCAUCUGCGAGCGGCACAACCGCCAUGCAAUUGUUUCCGACUUAGCAGAUUGAAGUACCCGAGGUUGGAACUCCUACCGUCUCCGCUUUGAAAACUAAAGGUACAACAACUACCAACAGAGGCAGCCACAAUCAUUCGACCUACAAACAACCGCAGUCGAGAUUCUCCCAUGGACUACACCAAGCACUCACGACCGCUACAGACUCGGAUUACACCACCCAAGCCAUGAUCAACACACACAAUGAAACAACAAGAAGAAACAAAGCAGCAACCCAACCUAUGAUAUCGAAAAGGUUUAUUACAGGGCAAUCGAGACUCGACUCCCAGAAUGAUAUAUACGUGGACAGCCCAGCCGCGCAAACCUACAACUUAGCAGGCCGUGGCAGUCUGGGUCACUGACGUCGUCGAGUUCGACGCCUCCGUCGUGGGCGUGGUAGCGGCCGGGGUGGCGGCGGGGGCCUCCGUCGCAGCGGACACCGUGGCGCUCUCCGUCGUGGCGCUCUCCGUGGCGGGGGCAGCCGUCGUGGCGGCCGGAGCCUCCGUCGUCGUGGCCGUAGCGGCGCUCGAGGCAGUCGAGGUCGUCGACGUCGACGUAGAGGACAGCGACGAGCACUUGGUCGAGAAGCCGCUCGUCAGGUCCACCACGUUGAGCACCAGCCCGCUCGUCGGCACCGUCAGGUCGCAGUCAGGCGGGUUCAAGGCAGCCACCGACUCGAUCAGCGACUUGCAGUUGUCCGACGCGCACAUCUUCUCGUACUGCGCGUCGUCCGGCAGCGACGUCGAGUACAGCAGGCUGAAGCCAGACUCGUCCGCGCAGCCCUGGAACGAGCUCAGCGUCAGCACGCUCGCCAGCGACGAGUACGCGCUGGUCUGGUCGGUCGACGAGCACGUCUCGGCGACGGCGGAGCCCACGAAGGCGGCGGCGGCAACGGCGAGGAAGGUCUUCGUGUUCAUGGUACCUGCGUUGGCUGAAGAAAGCUGUGUGUCUG